AUGGACGACAAAGCAUUCCCGACCAUCAUGGACAGAGAGGUCUUCCAGGACAUCGACCACAGCUGGCCAGCCACGCCAAGCUACAGCCACGACAGGCUACAGUCACGACAGGCUACAGCCACGCCACGCCAAGCUACAGCCACGCCGAGCUACAGCCACGCCGAGCUACAGCCACGCCAGGCUACAGCCACGCCGAGCUACAGCCACGCCGAGCUACAGCCACGCCAGGCUACAGCCACGCCAAGCUACAGCCACGCCAAGCUACACCCUCGCCAAGCUACAGCCACGCCAAGCUACAGCCUCGCCAAGCUACAGCCUCGCCAAGCUACAGCCACGCCAAGCUACAGCCUCGCCAAGCUACAGCCAUGCCAAGCUACAGCCACGCCAAGCUACAGCCACGCCAAGCUACAGCCUCGCCAAGCUACAGCCUCGCCAAGCUACAGCCUCGCCAAGCUACAGCCUCGCCAAGCUACAGCCACGCCAAGCUACAUCCUCGACAAGCUACAGCCUCGCCAAGCUACAGUCACGCCAUGCCAAGCUACAGCCUUGCCAAGCUACAGUCACGCCACGCCAAGCUACAGCCUCGCCAAGCUACAGCCAUGCCGAGCCAUGCUGCUUCAGCCAGGACACAUCCGCCUCACACGCGAGAUCCUGAGCACUCUCAUGUCUGAGGUGAGGGCAUUCAUGAAUACCAGGCCCCUGGUCCCAGUGUCCUCUGAUCCCGAUAUGCCUGCAGUCCUCACCCCAGCGAUGCUGCUUACCCAGAAGAUGAGUGCCAUCUCAGCCCCUUCUAGGAACUUCCAAAUGGCUGAUCUACACGGGAAGCAAUGGAAACAUGUCCAGUGCCUUGCGAACACCUUUUGGAAAAGGUGGAGAAGGGACUACCUAUCAACACUGCAAGGCCGCAGAAAAUGGACUGACGAAAGGCCAAAUGUCAAAGCCGGCGACGUCGUCUUGCUCAAGGACAACCAGCCCACAGAAACGAAUGGCCUGUGGGAGUAAUCGUUAACACUCUGUCGAGCGGUGACAAGAGGAUCCGUAAGGUGGAAGUUAGAAUAGUAAAAGAAGGAACUUCUAAAGUGCUUUUGAGGCCUAUUUCAGAAAUUGUAGUGCUCCUUUCUGAGUAAUUUUAGAGGACUUUAGUUGCCACAAACGUGUUUACUGUUGUUUAAUGAUUUAUAGUGGCAUAAUAUAAUUAUACCAAGCAGGGAGUGUUCUGCCUUCCGUAAGAAAUGUAUUCUUUCCUUAGUUUGUUAAAUACUGCCACCCUGUGGUCAAAUUGUGAUAUUGACGACGCUAUAAACAACCGCAAACCUACUUCCGGUUCUCUUCCUGAUUCACUCGACAAGGAAAGACCCUGCCGUACUAUCACUCUCGCAAACUAUCAAAUACGUUUGAACUAUAGAAAUGAUUUGUCUUUCUACAAAAACAAAGUUAUGAAGAAACUAACAUCCGAUAAAGAAACAAGAAAAGCAAGCCUUGUGUACCGGAUUCCACUUCUUUGUAAAUACUGUUAACUAGACUUA